AUGGCGUGCUCAUUGGUAACUGGUAUGAAGAACGAAUGCAGACCUAUUCAAGUUAACAACGUAAUGUAUCGAUAUUACCCAAAAACUUAUAAGGCAUAUCCUAAUAGUGUGGAUUGGAUCCCUAAAUAUCAACGAGAGAAUUUCAAUCAUAGUAGUACACAAAGACAUGACUAUAAACCUUACGGUAAUGCCAAGCCUGAUACAUUUAUUCGACGAGCCGCUCUGGCAAGGAAUAAUGGCCUUAAUAAACAACAAAUUUUCUUUCAUCAUGGCAAGAAAUACAACGAUAACAUGAUCUCUUACUAUGAUCAAGUUUAUAAUAAACGAGACCUAGAACAUAUACCUACGAAUAGAAGAUGGGACCUUAAAAGAAUUGCAUGGCUACCGGAAAAAUCAGAUGUCCCUAUUUACGGUAAUGCAACCAAAUUUGGCCUUUUAGAAAAAAAGAAGGAGCAAUGGAAAAAGGAAGUAGAAGAGGAAAAUAGGGGUAUUUACUCGAGUGAAACAAUGACAUCAUUUGCUGAAUUGCCUAAGAAUUCACUUAUAACAAAACAUCAAGUUACCCCUAAACAUAUUUCAAGUCGUAUGCAUCCUCAUCAUUUGAAUAAAGAUUUAGCACUUCGCAGCUUACCAAUCAUCAACCCCGUCCCUCAAAUUGAUUCUUACAAAUUUACUCUUUAUCGCCAAUUUGGUAAGGUUUAUCAUGAAUAA